CCUACCCUCAUCGAUACAGAUACCAAUGUUGCGUCUCAGAAACAGACAGCAGUGUGUCCCUCCGAAAAUUUCGUACAGAUAUAGGAAUAAAUCUCUCUCGUGCUCGUCGAUAGAGAUGUACCGCCCAAGCCAUUGCUUUCUCAUUUACUCGUAGGCUGAUUAUGCAGAACAGACAUCCUUCGCUCUUCAUUCUCGCUGGUACAGAUAUUGAUGUUCUCUCUACUAAUCACAAGUCAUGCAAUUUACUUUCUCAUUAAUUCACAAUCAUGGCUUUUCUCUAUGAUCAGAAAUUAUCUCCACAGAUGUAUUCCCUCUUCCACCUCGUCCUCUCAAUCGAAUGUCAGCGCAAACACAGAUGAAAGACACUGGCAGCGCAAAGAACACGUGAGCAGCCUGGCUGUCUUGUGGUAUGUGUUGUUUUUUUGUCUUUUAGAAA